CUUGCUCUCUCUGGCACGAAGACCAAGACGGCCGCAGCUACAGGAUGAGAUCUCCCUCCGACGUCUUCUCCGGUGACAAUUCUUGCCUCUGAAGUUUCCGUCUCCUCCUCUUCGUCCGUGCCGUUUCUGAGUUUUUCUCCGAUGGUCAUCUCCCCACCUUCUCUCCCAACACCGAUGACUCAACGUUUGCAGCUCCAACCAGGGUCUUCUCCUCGGCGAACCUCUCUUCUCCGAAACCUCAAUCCCCGUCCACCUCCGGAGCCUCCGGAUCCACCGGAUCGAGUACCUCCGCAUAGUUUUCGUUCAGUGUUUCUCCGUUCAAGUCCAAACUUUAUGUCCAUCGGAACUCUGGUGGUCCUCUCUGGGUUGAAGGUUUCUUCGACUGUUUUGUUCUCCUGGAAAUCCCAGACAAUGAAGCUAGUUGCUUUCCAUGCUCGCUGUAUCACCCUUGUCGGCCCGCGUCCUCUACAUUUCAGAUCCGUGAGUGAAACUCUCAGAUCUGUACAUCUCAACCUUUCUUCCUCAGUGCUUCUCCGGCUCGAAGAUCCAUGCCAUCAACCACCGCAAACAUACCUUCUCUCACAACUGUUGGCGUCCGAUGUAGGUGGGAAUCCACUCCGGCGUCCAGCUCUGAGCUAUAUGUUUCUAAAUCUGGCGACCAAUGUAGGUGGGAAUCCACUCCGACGUCCAGCUUUGAGCCAUCAAAAGCUAGUAAUGUCAUGUUGUCGCACAACUCUCACCUCCUCUUCUGUUGUGGAGAGUACUUCACUACCAUGCCUCCUUUCUAU